AUGACCGUCGAUCUGGCGGCAAGCACUGGCCGAUUCCAUGAUGAAAUCGGUCAACGCAUCCAUUUCCGAGUUCGGAAGCGGAAGCCCACCAUCUACAUAGUCCCACAAAGAAUCCGGCAAGUAAACGAGGUUGCGUAUGAGCCCCAGAUCGUGUCGAUCGGCCCAUACCAUCAUGGCAAGAAUAGCCUGCAAAGAAUGGAAGAGCACAAAUGGCGGUACCUACAUUCAAUCCUCUCCCGCAAUCCCAACCAUCGGUUGGAGGACUACCUCGAGGCGAUUGAAGAAUUGGGGGAUGAAGCUCGAAUUUGCUACUCCGAGAAAGUGGGUCCACAGAUGAGCAACGAGUUUGUGAAAAUGAUGGUCCUUGAUGCUUGCUUCAUUGUCGAGUUCUUUCUCAAGUUCAAUAAUCUCAACGAAAUGGUGGAGCAAAUAGGGGAGUUUCGCAAGGAAGAAGAACAGUUAGCGCAAAAAGAGGAGCUCAGGCCAAAAGAGAAGGAGCUCGAGCCAGAAGAGGAGGAGCUCGAGCCAGAAGAGGAGUUGCUCAGGAAAAAAAUAGGGUUCUUUUCUCAGUUAGAAGACUUCAAAGACCCGAUACUUGAUGCGACUGGAAUGAUGUCCCUUGUAGGGUAUGAUAUGUUCCUCCUCGAAAAUCAAAUUCCUUUCUUCGUUCUGCAGCGUAUUUUCAUGAUGGCUUGUCCGGUGAACUUACCGCAUAAACUUGCCGAGAUGGCCCUUGAUUUCUUCGAUCAUUUCAUGCAUAGGAAUAACGAAAUUCAGAUCAAGGAUUCCUACUGUCAUCUGCUCCGUUUGUUCCACUCGCAUUUGAUACCGACCCCGACUCAUAGCAAGGAGAGCAAUUCUACCGUCGAAUCCGUCCUCAACAAGUUCAAGAAUAUAAGCAGGUUUUUCCAAUCUUCAAAUAAGCCCCAGUUGCCCAUUAGCAACAAUCCAUCUCCAGUAAGGAUAAUGAUGAUCCCUGGCGCGGCUGAGCUCCAACUUGCGGGGGUCAAGUUCAAGAAGAAAGAGAAGUACAGUAGCAUCUUGGACGUGGAAUUUAGCCAUGGGGUAUUGGAAAUCCCUCCCUUGUCGAUAUAUGAAUCCAGCAAUGCUCUCUUUCGGAACCUAGUAGCGUUCGAACAAUGCUACCCGGAAGCAACAACCCACUUCACGAGUUACUUCUGGUUCAUGGAUUGCCUUGUCAACACGUCCAAGGAUGUGGCGCUGCUCCAUCUCAAUGAGAUCAUAAAUCAUGGGUUGGAAAGUGAUGAUGAUGUGGGCCAACUAUUCAACCGUCUCUGCACUGGGACAUUCCUUGAUUAUGAGGAAAGCUACCUUUCGGAUCUACCACAGAAUGUCCAAAAACAUUGCAAGAGCAAAUGGAACAUGUGGCUGGCGAGCUUGAUGCGCGAUUAUUUCACCAAUCCAUGGUCUGUCAUUUCUUUGAUAGCGGCUUCGAUCCUCCUCCUCCUCACCGUCACCCAAACGUUCUUCACCGUCCUUCUUAUUACCGACCGCAGUCCUAGUUCUUGAUCAUCAUAUUUUAA